GUCCUUUCGUAACCGCGUUCUAACCUCUCUUUUUCAUCUCUCAAAACAACCGCACCUUCCAUUCCACAUCACCUUUCAUUGCAUUUGUGUGUUGGAGAGAAUGAAUAUUCUGUGAAUAAAAUUUAAAAAAUUCAACAGACAUGUCUUUUCGUGGAAAUCGACGAAACUUCCGUAACCGGCAUCACUCCAGAGGCGAAUCGUCACGAUACAGAAACAACGCACCAAGAAAUUUUCACAAUCACGGUCAAAAUAGGCAAUUUUUUUCAAAAGAAAGCUUCACCGAGUCGGAGGUGGGUAUCACCGAAUACGUCGGCGAUCACGAGGGUUUUUCGGGGGUGAUCAAAGCGCGCUUUUCCGAUUUUCACGUUAACGAAAUAAGCCAGACGGGAGAAAUUGCGAAAUUAACCGAUCUAGCGGUGCCUAAAAGUUUUGUACCUGCCGUACCGACUGAUGACGAAUUGGUUGAGGAUACCACGCUGCUGUCGGCGGAUGUGUGGGAGAAAUUGAGGGAAUUAUCGAAAUGCGAAGAGAAGAACUUCGAAAUCGACUGCAAUUUCAGUAAGGAGCAGCGUACGCUUAUACACGAGUCGAUUAGGCGAGUGUUUGGUAACAAGAUCGUUACGAACACCAAGGAAGUAAAUGACAAAAAGAUAAUUAGUUUUACAAAGAAUAAGGGGAAUGCGGCUGAUAAUCGUUUCGUUUGGCCCAAGGAUUUAGGUGAAUACGUCCACUUUAUUGUUUACAAGGAGUCUGUCGACACUGUAGAGGCCACAUUUAAAAUUAGCGACUGUUUGAAGAUGAAGUCUUCGUUGUUUACGUAUGCGGGUGUGAAGGAUAAGCGCGCAAAGACUAGCCAGUGGUUUUCUGUGCGGAAAGUGGAUCCACGUAAACUUAUCCAGCGCACAAAGUGUUUGCGUUACAUUCACAUCGGUAAUAUCUCAUUUAGGGAUGAACCAUUAAAAUUAGGUCACUUAUCUGGAAACCAGUUUCGUAUAGCACUCAGAAAUGUCACUGCUGAAGAUGCAUUAAUUGAUAUAGCGCUGCAGUCUUUGAAAGUAAAUGGUUUCAUCAAUUAUUACGGCCUGCAAAGAUUUGGUGCUGACAAGGAGGUUCCAACCUACAAAAUAGGAGUUUCACUUCUAAAGGGAAAUUGGAAGGAAGCCUGCGAUAUUAUUCUCACGCCAAAAGCAUCCGAGGAUCCAACUUCAGAAAUAGCAGAGGCUAAACGAGCGUACAAGGAGACUAACGACAGUAAUAUCGCCAGUCAGAAGUUCUCCAGAUUUUAUAAUAAGUGCGUAGAAUCAAAGCUUCUUUUGGGGUUUACAAAGAAUCACGAAAACGACUACGUUAAUGCCUUGGAUAAUAUCCCUAGAACUAUGCGGUUACUCUAUCUUCAUUCUUUCCAAAGUUUGGUCUGGAACAAAAUUGUUUCCAAGCGUAUUAAGAAGUUCGGCUUGAAACCUAUUGUUGGCGACCUCAUUUUACUAUCUGAAGCAGAGUUGCCCCCUGCUGAAGUGGACGAAUUGGAUCGCCCUACCGAAGAAGAGCCUGAAGCUGAGAAUACCUCGCCAACACGACUGGAAGUGAAAAUAUUAACUGAGAACGAUCUAAGUACUUAUACCAUUCACGAUGUGGUCUUACCUCUUCCUGGCUAUGACAUCACUUACCCGGAGAACGAAGUGAAGGAUUGGUACAAGGAAAUUUUAGAAGAGCAUGGGUUAACUUUGGAGUUAUCGAAACAGAAAGUGAAAACCUACAAUCUUAGUGGCACCUACCGUAAAAUACUGGCCCAAGUAAAAAACUUAAGUUGGAAAACAAAGAAAUACAAUCAUCCGAAUGAUGUACUAAUCAGAUCUGACUAUGAAGAAUUAAAUGGUGAAGCCGAACCUCAAGAGCACCCAACCGGUCAGUAUAAAGGGUUGUGUCUAGACUUCUGCUUGGAUUCUUCGUGCUAUGCUACAAUGGUACUCAGAGAAAUUCUAAAAAUUGACACUUCCACCUCUACACAAUCAAAACUAAACGAUUAUCACUCUGAACUGAGCUCUGAACCAACAACAACUAAAGAUCCGAACGAAGAAUCAUUUGCUGCACCUGACAGUCUUUUAUCUGACCCUGCAAAAUAUGAGUUGUUCAAGCAACAGAUAUUUGCCAACCCGUCAUCAGAUGAGCUUAAGCGCAAACAACCAGAAACCAUCGACUCACCUCCAGAUAAACGGCAAAAAACCGAGCAAGAGGACCCAACAAUAAAAAUACAACCAUCACUAGUUUAACUUGUUAUUUCGAAAUGACGUUGUUAUAUAUUUAUACUACUCCCAUAAAUGAGACUGAGUCGUCAA